CAAGUCAAUCGCAGCCUACUUACACAAUCACACCUCUCGACUCGGAAGAAUCGGAACCAUCUCGACAGCGACUCAGUGCGACUACUUUUACACGCCAUCACGUUUUCUCCUAACUUCUCGGACUCUCCUUGUUCCUCUCUGCUUGUUCUUCUUCAUUAUACUAAAUAGAUCUAAAUAAGAGCGAAAAUGAAAGGUUUAAGCCUGUAUAAAAGAGCUUCUAGAGGCUUCCAUGAACAUCCUUUCCUCUCUAAGUUUGCUAUUCUCUGCGCCGUCAGUGGCGGUGGCCUUGUAGCUUUUGCUGAUGCAAAUGCUAUGGCACCAUCUGAGGUUGUUCCCAAGAAAAAGAAGAUAGUCGUCCUUGGAACUGGUUGGGCAGGAACUAGUUUUCUGAAGAAGUUAGAUAAUCCUUUAUAUGAUGUUCAAGUGAUUUCCCCUCGAAACUAUUUCGCCUUCACUCCCCUGCUACCAAGUGUUACAUGUGGUACAGUUGAAGCUCGUAGCAUUGUCGAACCUAUUCGUAACAUUGUCAGGAAGAAAAAUGUGGACGUUAGUUUCUGGGAAGCUGAAUGUUUCAAGAUCGAUGCAGUAAACAAAAAAGUUCACUGUCGGUCGAAUUCAAAUGGGAAAGAAGAAUUUGAUGUAGAAUAUGACUACCUUGUAAUAGCCAUGGGAGCUCGCUCAAAUACAUUCAACACUCCUGGCGUGGUGGAGCAUUGCAAUUUCUUGAAGGAAGUCGAAGAUGCUCAGAAAAUCCGUAGGGAAGUUAUUGACUCUUUUGAGAAGGCUAGUCUUCCAAACUUAAGUGAUGAAGAAAGAAAGAGAAUUCUUCAUUUUGUGGUGGUCGGUGGUGGCCCUACUGGUGUAGAAUUUGCUGCAGAGCUUCAUGAUUAUGUUAAUGAAGACUUGGUCAGAUUGUAUCCUGCAGCCAAAGAUUUUGUGAAGAUAACCCUUCUCGAGGCAGCGGAUCAUAUACUAGGCAUGUUUGACAAGAGAAUUACAGAUUUUGCUGAAGAAAAGUUCAAAAGAGAUGGCAUUGAUGUGCAGUUGGGGUCAAUGGUCGUGAAAGUAUCUGACAAAGAAAUUUCUACCAAGGUGCGGGGAAACGGGUCAACUGCUUCUAUACCUUAUGGAAUGGUUGUCUGGUCAACUGGAAUCGGAACUCAUCCUGUCAUAAGGGAUUUUAUGCAGCAAAUUGGUCAGACUAACAGGCGUGCUGUAGCAACUGAUGAAUGGUUGCGAGUUGAAGGAUGCAAUGAUAUAUAUGCACUUGGAGAUUGUGCAACAGUUAACCAGCGCAAAGUCAUGGAGGAUAUCUCAGCAAUAUUCAAGAAGGCAGACAAGGAUAACUCUGGAACUCUCACAGUAAAAGAAUUUAAAGAAGUCAUUAAUGACAUUUGCGAAAGAUACCCCCAAGUGGAACUUUAUUUGAAGAAUAAGAAAUUGCACAAUAUAGCUGAUCUUCUGAAGGAAGCCAAAGGGGAUGCUGCAAAAGAAACCAUCGAACUAAAUAUCGAAGAGCUAAAAAAAGCUCUUUCUGAAGUGGAUUCUCAGAUGAAGUUUCUCCCAGCAACAGCUCAGGUUGCUUCUCAACAAGGUACUUACCUUGCCACUUGCUUCAACCGCAUAGAAGAGGCUGAAAAGAAUCCAGAAGGCCCUCUGAGGUUCAGGGGAGAAGGUCGCCAUCGUUUUCGCCCAUUCAGAUACAAGCAUCUUGGGCAAUUUGCUCCAUUAGGAGGAGAGCAGACGGCAGCUCAAUUACCUGGUGAUUGGGUUUCAAUCGGGCACAGCAGUCAGUGGCUUUGGUAUUCCGUCUAUGCGAGCAAGCAAGUGAGCUGGCGCACAAGAGCCUUGGUGGUUUCCGACUGGACAAGGCGUUUCAUCUUUGGAAGGGAUUCCAGUAGAAUCUGAGGUAGCAAAUAGCAGGUUCUUGAGUUUGACCAAACACUGGUAAUCCCAUUUUGGUUAAUGAGAAAUUUUGCUUCCACAUCUUUUUCGCUCGUCAAUUCGUUUGAUAAUCGCAUUACAAAUGCCUCAGUAGUUUAGUUGUGACUGUUAUUGGAUUUGGUUGCUGCUUGUGAUUGUGCUCCUCCAUUUGCCAUAAUGUUUUUGUGGUAGACACCAUUAUGGAAAAGUGAGUCAUUUUUGGUGGUAAAGUUAUAAUUUCAUUGAGAUUCAUAAUCUUUCUCGGCUGUAUCUACCGUGUAAUUCAAUAAUCUCCUGUUGAAAUAAUUAAAUAAUUAAAAUCCA